GACCAAUGUCCUAGGGAAAAUUGUAAGUAGUAUCUUGUCACACUGAUAUAAAGACUCUGCCUCUUGGAAAACUUUUUUGAUAUAUGUCCACAGCGAGAAUCCAGCAAAUACCUACUACCAUGGGUUCACUCGCUUCCAACUCCAAUAAGCCAUGGAUUGAGACACCAUGCGUCCGAUCGGCACCCCUCUCCCGCAUAGCAGGAUGCAACAUCUACCUCAAGCUCGAGAACCUCCAACCAUCAGGGUCUUUCAAGUCCCGCGGCAUUGGGAACUUCAUGGUCCGCGCCGCCGAGUCGGCCCCCGGAGCCGAUACUCACUUCUACUGCUCGUCCGGCGGCAACGCCGGCCUCGCGUGCGCGACCUCGGCCAUCGCCCUCAAGCGCAAGGCCACCAUUGUCGUGCCUAUGACAACGCCCGCCCUCAUGAUCUCCAAGCUGCGACUCCUGGGCGCACACUGCAUCCAGAUCGGCGAGAACUGGGCCCAGGCGGACCGCUACCUCCGUGAGGAGUUGCUAACCAACGACCCAGCGGGCGUCUACGUGCCGCCCUUUGAUCACCCGCAUGUCUGGGACGGCGCCUCCACCAUUAUCGACGAGGUGAUAUUGCAGACCCCCCCAGAAGUCGACAUCAACGCAGUGGUGUGCUCCGUUGGCGGUGGCGGCCUGCUCAGCGGCCUCGCGCAGGGCAUCGCCCGGAACAAAUGGUUCGGCCGGCCUACGCCGACGCUGAUGGCGGUCGAGACCGUCGGGGCCGACAGCCUCAACGCCAGCGUGCGCGCCGGAGAGCAUGUCACGCUCCCGGGUAUCACGUCCAUCGCGAGCUCGCUUGGCGCGACGCGUGUUGCGACCAAGGCGUGGGAGGUGGCACGCGACACCCCCGGCUUCCACAGCGUGACGGUGACCGAUGCCGAGGCGGCCACGGCCUGCGUGCGCUUCGUCGACGAUGCGCGCUUGGCGGUCGAGGCUUCCUGCGGUGCGACAAUCGCGACGGUGUACAGCGGCACUCUGCGGAAGCAACUGGGCCAUGGCGUGUCGGAUGAGGAGUGGGCGGAGAAGACCAUCGUGCUCAUCGUCUGCGGAGGGUCGAACGUCACCAUGGAGAUCCUGGACGGAUACCGUGCCAAAUUCGGCAUUGCCAUCUAGGUGAGUUGAAUCAGUCACCCGGGUCGGAUAAAUACCCUCUGUGCU